AGUGCAUAUACUUUACCUUCUUCACAAUACUAUCAAACCGAACCUUCGUUCAGUCUGGCAAUAUUUGGUCAACAAUGUCAUGCUGGGGAAUCUUUCUGCACAGACAAUGUCAGUUCUCCUCCCUUUUAAAAUUGCACCAGCUCAACAUGCAACAAAAGUGUCAAAGGAGAGGGUUCCAUGCAUCGACCUCUGUGAACACUUAUGAUGUAAGGAAAGUGGAGUUAACGCCACUGGAGCAGAGGAAACUCACUUUUGACUCCCAUGCGCUUGUGACAGAGCUGGAAUCCAGCGGCUUUGAGAAGAGGCAGGCAGAAGUGAUCGUAACCGCAGUGGUGACUCUUACUACAGCCAACAUGGACAUUGUAUACAGAGAUAUGGUCACAGGAGCCCAUCAGGAAAUAGCGCUUCAACAAAUCAUGGCUCAUCUAGACUCAAUUAGGAAAGAUAUGGUUAUUCUGGAAAAGAGUGAAUUUGCCAACUUGCGUUCAGAAAAUGCUAAAUUGAAAACAGAACUGGAACAAAUAAAGAACAGACUACAGGAAGAAAGUCAAAAAAUCAGAGCAGAUGCAAAGUUAGAUAUUAAUCUGGAGCGAAGUAGAGUUACAGACAUGUUUACAGAACAAGAGAAGACUCUUAUGGAAGUUAGGACAGAGUUUCAUAAAAAGAAUGCAGAACUGGAAAGUGAAGCAGUGGAAACCUCAAAGACAAUAGACAUUCAAAUAGCCUCUUUGAAAACCCUCCUGGAAUCACUUAAACUGGAAACAAUUCGUUAUCUUGCAGUGUGCAUCCUCACCUGCUUGGCAAUUGCAUUGGGUUUCUAUCGCUUAUGGAAGUGAAUCUAAAAAAAAAAAAACAUUUGGAAGGGAUUUUUGUUGAUUUUAGUGGUGCUUGCGGAGCAAAGCAUCACUAUUAUAAUCUCACAUAUUUAUUAUUAUUCCUUACAAAACUUCGGCACCUAACCCGUCCCACACUGUUUGUAGUAGAUUGUAAUUAGGUGUCAAAACAACAGGCCUAUUGACGACACCUGUGCUAUGACUUUUCUAAGGGGUUGAGGGUACGGCGCACACCUAGGGGCAAAAAACGUCCCGAGAGAGUCCUAUAGGCAUACUAUGACAAGAGUCUCGCCCAUGAAAACAAUAGUUUUUUCCUACUUUGACAAUACUGAAUUUUGUGGGAUCAUAUCUCACAAUCAGAAUGUCAUAGAGACAUGGGGAUGCGCUCAUUUCACUCAGCAUUUCACUCAGGUCUCUACCAAUCAGUCUUUAAGGAUCAUCUUGGAAAUGGCUUACACCCCAGCAAACAUUUACGGCACCCUAGCAACCGCCCCAUAGACUUCCAUUCAAAAUGGCUCAGGAGGAUAUCUUCAGAACAGAAUGUUGUAGACACUUGGGGAUUGGCUCUUUGAGGGGAUUGAGUCAGGUUAGUACGCAGCCAAUAAGAAUAACUCUGGUCACUGACUAGCCAUGCACUAGCAACCAGCCCUAAUGACUUACAUUAAAAAUGUCUGAGAGUGCUAACUUUGGAUCAGAAUGUACUACAGACAUGACAGUUAGCUUAUUUCACUUGGGUUAGCAAUCAGUCUUCAUGUAUCCACUUGAAAAUCUACUUGGCCCUAACAACCAUUUAGAGCACCCUAGCAACCAUCCUCCUUGACUUCCAUUCCAAAUCGCUUAGAUGGUAUCUCAGGAUCAGAAUGUUGUAGAGACUUCAUUGUUUGCUUGUAUUACUCUGACAGCAAGCAGCCUUCUUAGUAUCACCCUGGCAACUGCCUAGCAACCUGAUGGGGUUACCCUAGCAACCAAGUAACAAAUCCCAUGCCUCUACACCAGUUCAUCAUAGAGACGUUUCAUUCAUUUGACUUAGGGUAGCAAGGAGGCUUUUGAGUCUGACACUGUUAACUGCCUAGCAACCAGAGGGGGUUACCCAAGCAACUAUGGAAUGACACCAAUAUCUCUGCACCAGAACAUCCUACUGUUAUGGGGGUGGCCUCUUUCAACUUGGGACAACUUAGUGUGACAUUGUGGUGAGAAAUUUUGCCACAGCAAACACCACUCACAUCUUCAUCAGGAAAUGUACCUAUCUAGUUGUUAUUACAAUUUUAUUACAUUUCAAUAUACAUGGUUUUGUGAGGAACAUGAAUAUAUUGUUCUUUAAUUUUCCUUUAGAUAUAUAUAUACAGUGAGGAAAAUAAG